GUAGUCCCACUUAUCCCUCUCCCUCCCAGCUCUCACCCACCUCUUUCUCAAGUAAAAAACCUCCGCUUUCGACUUCAGUUCAUAUCAACCUUCCAACCAUGGCAACUCGUCUUCAGUUUGAAAAUCACAGUGACAUCGGCGUCUUCGCGAAGCUCACAAACAGCUACUGCCUAGCUGCAAUCAACGGCAGCACAAACUUUUACUCAGCUUUUGAGGCUGAGCUUGGGGACGUUAUCCCCAUCGUGCAUACCAGUAUCGGCGGCACGCGCAUCGUUGGUCGGUUGACAGCAGGCAACCGACACGGCCUCCUUGUCCCCUCCACGACGACCGACCAAGAGCUUCAACACUUGCGCAAUGCUCUCCCUGAUGCUGUCGCCCUCCAACGCGUCGAAGAGCGUCUCUCUGCACUCGGAAAUGUCAUCGCAUGCAAUGACUAUGUCGCACUCGUACACCCUGACGUCGAUCGCGAGACAGAGGAAAUUAUUGCCGAUGUCUUAAAGGUCGAAGUCUUCCGUCAGACAGUUGCAGACAACGUGCUCGUUGGCAGCUAUUGUGCCAUCACAAAUCAAGGAGGACUUGUCCAUCCGAAAACAAGUGUGCAGGACCAAGACGAGUUGAGCAGCUUGCUGCAGAUACCGCUCGUAGCUGGGACAGUGAACCGUGGUUCAGACGUGAUAGGCGCUGGACUUAUCGUCAAUGACUGGUGUGCAUUCACCGGACUCGACACUACAGCAACUGAGAUUAGCGUAAUCGAGGCCACAUUUAAACUACAAGGCCACGACUCGACAGCUGUCAUUGGCGAGAUGCGCGACGCACUCAUCGACAACUGGGCCUAAUUGUCUACGACAAUCAUCCUCUUGCCAGUCAGCUUCAUGCCCUCACUUCUUGCCUUGCUCUCGCAUACCCGUUUUGUCAUCGCAUCGUUUUAUUCGGGCUAUUGAUACAAUCUACUUCCAUGUAUCCUGUAUCCCUACACUGAACGCACAACUAUCAUGUGUCAAUAGAAUCAAGCAGAAUGUUGUUCCAGACGUAUUUUUCCG